AUGACGUCAACACCUGCACUGACAGAGACAGUCCCACUCCUACUAACGACGCGUACUGCCUAUCCACUCCCACUCUCACGUAUCCUCAUCCCAUCUUCAUUCACACGCUAUCAUCUAUCACAGCUCAUAAACACUUCUCUAUCUCUCAACCCUCCAGUACCCUUCGACUUUCUCAUACGCUCUCAUCUCCUGCGCGGUUCAAUAGGAGGAUGGAUGCGCGCCAAUGGGGUCAGUGCGGAAGAACUACUCGAAGUAGAAUAUAUCAGGAGCGUAUUACCACCCAAAGUAGUGGGAAAGAUCGAACAAGAUGAUUGGGUUAGCGCACUCUCCCUCUCUCUCCCACAUGCCAUCAUAACAGGCGCAUACGAUCACACACUCCGCAUAUACACUUUGGCACAAGAAGAACGGCACAUUCUACACACCCACACCGCACCGAUCACAUCCGUCCUCACAUUCCCAUCCCCCAACUCAUCCGGUCACGUCCUAGCCAGCAGUUCCCAAGAUCGAACCGUACACCUCCAGCUCCUCCCCCCACAUCCGCUCGACCCGGCAUCGGCGCCGAAGUGGGUAACGACGCUCCAUACCUCCCAAGCUCAGGUGUCGAGUGUCUCUGUCUCUCCUGAUCGGGCGAGAUUGGCUACGGCAACGUGGGACGGCGUUGUAGGCGUGUUCAGCAGCACGAUACCGACAUCGCACGAGCUCGCAGAACCGGAGGAUGUCGAACUUCAAGCUCUAGGUCCGAAGAGCAAGAAACGCAAGCUGCGUUCCACAGGAGAAGGAACGGGAACUGCAGAUGAAGUCUUCAGGAAAGCACCCCAGCUCUUGCUCAGAGGUCAUGAAGGCAAGGUCUCACGAGCGGUGUUUACCCCUGAUGCACUCGCGUCCGCAGGCUGGGACGGGAGCGUAAGAGUGUGGGAUCUGGAGAGCGGGGUUGCCAGAGUCGUCAAGACGACGCCCGACCGCGUACAUCUCACACUAGCCAGCACCGGCCCGCACCUUCUAACAGGGACGUCCGACCGUUUCCUAACCCUAACAGACCCACGUUCUUCCGCCCUAACAUCGCUAACCCUUGCCCACUCCUCCCCGGUAAAUAACGUCAUCCCCCACCCGGAGCCGGGGAUGGAGCAUUUAGUGAGCAGCGGGACGCUGGCGGGAGUUGUUAGGGUUUGGGACUUGAGAGCUGGGAGGGAGGUCGUUAGGGUUGACAGGGGAGGGGGAGGGGGGAAGAUGUUGGCCCUGGAUUGGAGGCCGGCUGCUAUGAGGGAGGAGGGGGCUGGGGCUGGGGAGGGAGAGGGGGGAGGGGUGUGGGCUGCGGGAGGGGAGGAUAAGAAGGUGUGGGUGUUUACUGAGGGGAACUAG